UAAGCCUUUCACCUCUUUCUCUCUCUAGAAACUCCGUUACCGUUUUCUUUGUGGAUUUUGCAACUGAAAGCUGCUGCUUCUUCUUCUUCUUCUUCUUCUUCUUCUCUCUGUUUUCUUUCAAUCAAUUACCGUAUCAUUCUCUAUCUCUUUUCUACUUCUUUCACUGUGUGAAAACUGUGAAACGAAACGACGCUGUUUUGCUUCAUGGUGUGCGUUUCUCUCUGAGCUUGUGGUGAAUCCGGCGAUGAUUGAGCUAACUCUACGUCUAGUGUUUGAUUUUGCUUUUUUAUCUGUGAAUUGGUUUGCUCAAUUUUUAAGAAAUGUUUGAUUGGAACGACGAAGAGCUUGCUAAUAUAAUAUGGGAUGAGGGAGGUGAGGGCGAUGAUCAUAUUGUGCCGUUUCCAGAGGCAAGUGAAGAUCUUAAAAACAAGAAAGAAGUGAAUCAGGAACCAGCUGUGUGUAAGCUUAACAAGCGGAAGCAACCCGAGACGCAAACUGAUUUUGAUGGAAAACUAGGAAGCAGUUCGAACCUUGACAAUAAUGGAGGACAACUUGCCUCAGGAUAUGUGGCAAACUCAUGCUCUGACUUGUCUUUAUCAAGUGCAGCUAAAAUUGAUCAGGAUUCUCCGUGUACUGAACUUUCUAAAUAUCGAGGUGAACUUAGCAAACUCGGUACAUCAAGAGAAGAGAUCACACAGAAUGGAAGGGAUGCUGAAUUUUAUCAAAAUGCCGACGAAGGUAAAGAACAGGGUGAUUUUGCUGAUUAUGACUGGGCUAACAUAGGAAGUUUUGAUGACCUUGAUAGGAUUUUCAGCAAUGAUGACCCUAUAUUUGGCCAUGCAAGUCUUGAUAAUUCUGAUGACCUCUGGUCUGCUAAAGAUGUGAGUAGCAAUCAAGCAUCUGUACCAUUGAACACACCAAGUCCCACUGAUGCUUUAAGGAAUAGAUCAGGGCCUUUGGAAAUCAAAGAAGAACAUGUUCACUGUAGUGAUCAAUCAUUUUCCCUUGACUACGAAAAGAUUUCUGGUCCUGCUUAUCAGAGUAUAGAAAAUUCACACACAAUCACUGAUAAUGUGGAAUGUGCUGGAGAUAGAAGUAAGCCUACUGGACACGAGCAGCAGAGUUUUAGCCAAAAGAAUCAGUUGAAAACACGGAAAAAGUCAAAGAUAAAACAAGAGGGGAAAGAUUUGCAGGAUUUUUAUGGUAAUUGGUCUUCUUCAGCAACAUCGGCAAGACAAUUUGAGAGUCAAUUGACACCUUCUGUGCUACAAUCUUCUCCCUCUUCAAUUCUUGGGCAACCAAAGCAACUCCGAGGACCUGAAACACUAUAUCAGAACAUCAUAAAUCCAUAUGUGGCACCUUCGUUUUAUGGUAACCUCCCUGCUAUGCCAAUGCUAACACAGUUUCAGUCAGGAAAUCUUAGGCAUCAGCAUGUGUUCUCUGGGUAUGAAACAUCUUCUGGUCCGUUGAGUCCUUUGAAAAGUUAUGCGGGCUCAGCCGUGCCUCAAACUAUGACUCCUCAGGAAAAAAUUGAAAAAUUGAGGCGGCGGCAGCAAAUGCAGGCAAUGCUUGCUAUUCAGAAACAACAGCAAGUACUGGGCCACCAAGUUCCUUGCACUAGUAAAUCCGUCGCUCAAAAAUGCCACCCACAAAUUCAAAGUCAUUCUAGUGAUGGGACUGAUCCUAAAAUUGAAGAUCUUGGUACUCUUCCUCUAAUCGAACAAGAUGAUUCUAAUACAAUAUCUCUUGCAACUGAUGAUGAUUUUGUUGAAGAAACCAUAUUGUGCAGGCUUCAGGAUGUUAUAUCAAAGUUAGAUGUCACAACAAGACUCUGCAUCAGAGAUAGCUUGUUCCGGCUGGCACAAAGUGCAACGCAACGGCAUUAUGCUAUUGACACUAGCAGUACAAACAAAAAUAACAAAGAAUAUGAUGUUUUUGCAAGAGAAGAAAGCAGUAGCCAAAACAGAUAUGCCAGGAUGCCUGAUGUUGAAACAGAGACGAAUUCCAUUGAUCGAACUGUCGCCCGUUUACUCUUUCAUAGACCUGUGGAGUUAACAGGAAAUUAUUCUGACAAACUGGAGUCACACAUUUCAACUGAGGUGCAAUGUGAAAGCAAAGCCGCUAACCAAGUGAACCUUCCGGUGAGGUGCUUACAAGAGGAGAACUUGAGAAGUAAUCAACAACUUUCUCACAUUGGGUUAGAGGAUCCUUGUCCAUCUUUUGAGGUCCAACCUAUGGAUCAGACUAAGAACAGUCUCAGCAUAUGUACUUCAGAAAAUGCAUCUAACCCACAGGAGCUUGAAGCCUCGCAAUGAAGAAAGAUGUUCUGCAGAACACGAAGGGUGACUAAAGGGGGAGUUUACUCGGUCUGUCUCCUCGUUUUCCAUUGAUUCCAUUUCAAGUCAAUACUUGGCAUGAUUUUGGAGGUACAUUGAGGGCAUUUCCGAUAAUUUGAUCCACAGCCUAUGAAAUUAAUAGGGAUAUUUAAUCCAUAAAUAGUAUAUGAUUAUGGUUGAAGUUGAUGCUGCGUUUUCUGUGUGACCUUGAAGACUCUGUCAAUAGUUGAUGGACGAUGACAAUGAAAGCCGUGAGGAGAAUGGUCAAGAGUUUGGAACAUAAUUUUUAUUAGGAAAUAGGAAAAUGUAAGUAAACUGUGAACAUGGAUGACGGGUGUGAGUGUAUUAUUAAUACCUCUUUGCAUUAGGUAUCAAAAUUGGUAUACUUAAACUUUUACCUCAGCCUUUGAAUCAUGGUAUAUUAUCCUCCUAAGAUUUUAGAUAACUUGGACUUUCAUUAACAUGUA